ACUCAGUGACUAGCAGCCCUACAGUGUGCCGGGAUAGAGUUUCUUCUUGUCUGUAACAGAUCCCUCUGAUCUGACCAACACAGAUUAGAUAUCAGCUUUUAACGGCAGCCUCUCUACCCGGUAUCAGAACAAGCUGUUUUAGUUCAUUUCACAGUGUUUUGAUGUUUUGAUGUUAUGACCAACAACCGACUGAAAUAACAACUCCGGACUGGCUGGGAUGAUCAGACCCUCGGUAAGCAUGUGAGGUGUCUCGGUGCUGCCUGCUUGAAGAGCGGCGCUGCCUACACGGGUCACGGUGUGUGAGAGGAAGAGAGAGGACCGGACCGCCACCUCUCUCCUGUAGCUGCGUGAAGAAAUGAACAGAUAGAUGUGGAGGUGGAUUUUAAAGACACUUGUUGUUAUCGUUGUUGUUGUUUAAUCAAAACCCAGCGCGUUUCAGCGGGCAGCCCGGCAGACUACAUGCCGUCGCUGUGGAAACGUUUCACCUUUUCCUUUGCGACUCUACUCUGCGUGCUCUCCGCCGCUCUGCUAGUAGUGGCGCUGGCGACGGAGCGCUGGGUCAGCGGGAGGAUCCUGUGUGGUACCGGGGCAGAGCUGGUCAGCGCCAACUGUUCUGAGCUGGACCAGUUUACCGGACACAUCUUCUACGGGCUGUUCCAGGGACAGAAGAUUAGGAGGUGUGGACUGGGGAACCGCCGCUCCAAGAUAUACAUCUUCCCUACUCUAGUCCAGACCCUGAACACAGGUCUCCAUGUGAUGGUGAUCGUCUUCCUGUUGGUGGCCGUUGGGUUCACUCUGCUCAGCCUUUCAUUCUCCAUCUACAACGCACGCAAGGUUCCCUACCAGAGCAUUAAAGGCCCCACUGGACUCUACAUCUGGAACACCAUAGCAGCGGUGUUUGGGUCGUUAGCUGUCCUGUGUUUCUUAGCAGCCGUCAGACAUCACCGGUUAACGGAACGUGUCUCUAACUACCAGGAGACUCUUUUCCGUUUCUCCAUUCUGGAUGAGCGACUGGAUUGGUCCUUCUGGCUGGGUGUGGCCAGCGUUGCUACGCACGGUGUGGUGUGUGUUGUCGUGGCAAUGAGCCGGAUCAAACUGCCCAAACCACAGAGCAAGAAACAGGCCGAGCAGCCAACCGUCACCGCUGAAGUCCUCAUGUACUGACACACACACACAGGCAUGCACACACACACACACACACACACACACACACACACACACAGGCAUGCACGCAUGCAGGCACACACACAUGCACACGCACACACACACACACCAGCGAGAUCACUAAAGACUACUGCAACAUUCAACGUUUGUCCAGGUCUCCAGGACGUCGGGAUAUGUCUUCUUCGGCUCACAAAAAAAACAAAAAAACAACUGCCUCGUACUGGGAUUGAACCAAUGAUCCCCGGAGCCUCGUACUGGGAUUGAACCAAUGAUCCCCGGAGCCUCGUACUGGGAUUGAACCAAUGAUCCCCGGAGCCUCGUACUGGAAUUGAACCAAUGAUCCCCGGAGCCUCGUACUGGGAUUGAACCAAUGAUCCCCGGAGCCUCGUACUGGGAUUGAACCAAUGAUCCCCGGAGCCUGAGGAAUUCCACCUCUCCGUCAUCCCUGCCCACGAUGCUCUAGCCAGCUGUGAGGCUAAUUGAUGGUGAUAGCACAGCGUUUAUUAUAGAUUUCUAACUCAAACCGUAGCCCUAACCUUUACCAGUCCAAAUUAAUGCCUACACUUAACCUGUGAGAACCUGUUGCACACACACACACACACACACACACACACACACUGACUGCUCCAUGGACGGUGGAGCACAGUGGAACAGAGUUGGUUCAGUGAAUGACUCAGAGUUGGUUCAGUGAAUGACUCAGAGUUGGUUCAGUGAAUGACUCAGAGUUGGUUCAGUGAAUGACUCACCUUGUCUGACAGCUGAGGAUGUGUUGACUCCUAGAGGUAAUGUCUAGGCUUUAGCUCAGCAGGCUAACAGUCUCCAGUGGGCCCGGGUUCAAACCCUGUGGGACUAACCCCACUAACCCUGGCAAUAGCACCAGAGAGUUGGUGGUUCAACUCCCUUCUGGAUUACAUCUACUCGUAAUGUUGACUGGCAGGAGCGUUGGAAGCUGGCCCCAAUGACACUAGACACUCCAGCACCCUGGUUCUGGCUACUGGACAGCUGGGCUACUGGACAGCCGGGCUACUGGCCAGCCGGGUUACUGACCAGCCGGGUUACUGGACCGCCGGGCGACUGACCAGCCGGGCUACUGACCAGCCGGGUUACUGGACCGCCGGGUUACUGGACCACCGGGAUACUGGACCGCCGGGUUACUGGACUGAAAUGUGUACUAGCCAAGAGGCCAAAACCUGUGCUAUGUGAUAUUUGAAAAGACAACAUUUCACAAACCGGCGGUUUGGACCAUUAUCUGCUAGCCUGCUGUAAUCUACACUGGGCCAUUAUCUACUAGCCUGCUGUAAUCUACACUGGGCCAUUAUCUACUAGCCUGCUGUAAUCUACACUGGGCCAUUAUCUACUAGCCUGCUGUAAUCUACACUGGGCCAUUAUCUGCUAGCCUGCUGUAAUCUACACUGGGUCAUUAUCUACUAGCCUGCUGUAAUCUACACUGGGCCAUUAUCUACUAGCCUGCUGUAAUCUACACUGGGCCAUUAUCUACUAGCCUGCUGUAAUCUACACUGGGCCAUUAUCUACUAGCCUGCUGUAAUCUACACUGGGCCAUUAUCUACUAGCCUGCUGUAAUCUACACUGGGCCAUUAUCUGCUGGCCUGCUGUAAUCUACACUGGGCCAUUAUCUACUAGCCUGCUGUAAUCUACACUGGGCCAUUAUCUGCUAGCCUGCUGUAAUCUACACUGGGCCAUUAUCUACUAGCCUGCUGUAAUCUACACUGGGCCAUUAUCUACUAGCCUGCUGUAAUCUACACUGGGCCAUUAUCUACUAGCCUGCUGUAAUCUACACUGGGCCAUUAUCUACUAGCCUGCUGUAAUCUUCACUGGGCCAUUAUCUACUAGCCUGCUGUAAUCUACACUGGGCCAUUAUCUGCUAGCCUGCUGUAAUCUACACUGGGCCAUUAUCUACUAGCCUGCUGUAAUCUACACUGGGCCAUUAUCUGCUAGCCUGCUGUAAUCUACACUGGGCCAUUAUCUACUAGCCUGCUGUAAUCUACACUGGGCCAUUAUCUACUGUCUAUAGAAGCUGUAAUCUACACUACACUGGGUCUAUCUACUGUAUGUAGAAGCUGUAAUCUACACUACACUGGGUCUAUCUACUGUCUGUAGAAGCUGUAAUCUACACUACACUGGGUCUAUCUACUGUCUGUAGAAGCUGUAAUCUACACUACACUGGGUCUAUCUACUGUCUGUAGAAGCUGUAAUCUACACUACACUGGGUCUAUCUACUGUCUGUAGAAGCUGUAAUCUACACUACACUGGGUCUAUCUACUGUCUGUAGAAGCUGUAAUCUACACUACACUGGGUCUAUCUACUGUCUGUAGAAGCUGUAAUCUACACUACACUGGGUCUAUCUACUGUCUGUAGAAGCUGUAAUCUACACUACACUGGGUCUAUCUACUGUCUGUAGAAGCUGUAAUCUACACUACACUGGGUCUAUCUACUGUCUGUAGAAGCUGUAAUCUACACUACACUGGGUCUAUCUACUGUCUGUAGAAGCUGUAAUCUACACUACACUGGGCCAUUAUCUACUAGCCUGCUGUAAUCUACACUGGGCCAUUAUCUACUAGCCUGCUGUAAUCUUCACUGGGCCAUUAUCUACUAGCCUGCUGUAAUCUACACUGGGCCAUUAUCUGCUAGCCUGCUGUAAUCUACACUGGGCCAUUAUCUACUAGCCUGCUGUAAUCUACACUGGGCCAUUAUCUGCUAGCCUGCUGUAAUCUACACUGGGCCAUUAUCUACUAGCCUGCUGUAAUCUACACUGGGCCAUUAUCUACUGUCUAUAGAAGCUGUAAUCUACACUACACUGGGUCUAUCUACUGUCUGUAGAAGCUGUAAUCUACACUACACUGGGUCUAUCUACUGUCUGUAGAAGCUGUAAUCUACACUACACUGGGUCUAUCUACUGUCUAUAGAAGCUGUAAUCUACACUACACUGGGUCUAUCUACUGUCUGUAGAAGCUGUAAUCUACACUACACUGGGCCAUUAUCUACUGUCUAUAGAAGCUGUAAUCUACACUACACUGGGUCUAUCUACUGUCUGUAGAAGAUGUAAUCUACACUACACUGGGUCUAUCUACUGUCUGUAGAAGCUGUAAUCUACACUACACUGGGUCUAUCUACUGUCUGUAGAAGCUGUAAUCUACACUACACUGGGUCUAUCUACUGUCUGUAGAAGCCGUAAUCUACACUACACUACACUGGGUCUAUCUACCGUGUUUUCUGAUUAUUCAAUACAGGAGGAAGUUAAUGUUCAUACGAAUGUCUUUACUUCAGCAUCAUUGGGUAGCAUGCAUACAGUUCCAUCCAGCUCACAGUAAGUAAUGGUUGUGUGUUGUUAUGGUUCUGGAUGGCCCAGGUGGAUAGCAACAAUGACAAGAAACUCCCAUGUGGGGAAUCGUAGGUGAGUCAUUUCAGCUGGUUUCUUCUUGACACCACGUCUUGUUUUUAAGGUGUUUUUGACUGAUGUCGCGUCUAUGCUAAUAUGGCUAGAAAUGCGCUAGCUAGCUAGCUAACCAACAACUGUAACGAUGUAUUUGAGAGACAACUUUAUUUAUGUCUUUAAUGAACAUUGGAGACAAAAUAUAGUUUAUAUGUUAUCAACAAUCUAAGACAACCCCUUCUGUUUUGCCCCAUAGUUGUUGCACCCGUCGGUUUUGUUGCUAAACCACCAACCCGUCUAUAACAGCGUCUUGUGAGACCAUAAACUGCUGGAGGACACUGGACACUGUAGCCUGUAGCCUAGCAGUGUCUUUAUCAACGUUUGGGGUAAAUUCCAGUUAAUUUCCAGUUAAUUCAGGAAGUAUACCGAUAGUCCAAUUCCAAUUCUGUUCAAACUCUUUUCAAUUUGGAACAUUUAGAAUUGGAACUGGAAUUUAGAUGGAAUUGAACCCCAACCCUAUUGUCAAUGGGACAUGGACUACAUUACAUAAUGUUGUCUGUUACCUAUUCCCUCUCAACUGCCACCUCCAA